UGAAUUUAUCGUGUUUGUAAUGAGACAAAAUACGAACUCGAACUGAAAACAGUUAUGGACGACGAUACAGAACAGUUUCCAUCCGCUUCUAGGCUUUGUGAUUGUUUCAAAAAUUGUAUCAUCGGUUUAUUAAAAAAAUGCGGGCUGGUUAACUAUGAUAUAAAACGACUUGUUCUUCUGAAAGUUAUACUUCAAAUUUUUCUCGAAGCUGUCUCGGUGGUUCUAGCUUUUCUCUUGAGCACCUUUAUUUACGGUAUGUUCGACCCGGUAGAACGUGAAAUCGUUUGUGACGAUUUUUCGAUUAAGUAUCCUAUCGUAGGGAAAAAAGGAAGAUACGACUACCUCCAGAUGUGCUUCCUCUUUAUAAUGCUGCCCGCAGUUAUAAUUUCGAUUAUAGAUCUGAUCCAUUAUGGCUCAAGCGGUUCUUUCUACGGCCCCCAAACGUGCCUGACCAAGAUGUACAACACGGAAAUUAUUUUUCUUUUUGGUAUGUUCGCGGCUCAAGCGCUGAUCUGCAUCGUGCAGAUAUGCAGCGGGAGGAUGAGGCCGGAUUUUUUGGAAGUCUGCAAACCUGAUAUGGGGAAACAUUGCACCUCGGCAAAUUCAUCUUUUUUCUCUUUCCAACCUGUAUGCCUGGGAAGAAAAGAAGACGUAAAACUGGCGAGGUUGUCCUUCCCUUCGGAACAUUCCGUCAUGUCCAUACAAUCCAUGUGUUUUCUGUGUCUGUAUAUGGAACAAAAAAUAACUUACAGGGAGACCAUCUUAUUUAAACGGCUUGUACAACUUCUGCUCAUGGAAUUAGCCGUUUGGGCGAGUUUCUCUGAAGUGCGCUUCUACAGAAACCACAAGAGCGAUGUGUACGUCGGAAUGACCAUUGGAGGGAUAUUCGGAUGGUUAAUGGAUUACUUUAAUAGAAAAACUUCACCGGUAACAGUCUAUAUUGAUGAUUUAUAAGAAAAAUACAAACACAAUAAAAUUGAUGCUUUGAAAAAUCA